AUGGAUCUCUAACAAAAAGAUAAGUUUGAGAAGGAAUUUUAUUUCACUAAACUUGAAUUGACUAACAAUGACUUUGUCUAUGCUUUUGCAGAAUUCGAAGAUCACCCUGUUGGCAUUAAAUAAGAUUUUAAUGUUGGAAACCUAACAAUUUUUAAAAGCAACCUUUCUCAAACUCCCAUUUUCACAGCAUAACGUAUUAAUAGUUUCUUUAUUAAAAUCUACAGUCUAAUCAAUGUCUUAAAACUUAAAGAUGUUAAGUUUUCUUUCAAGGAUCCACAUUAAUUGCAUAGACCAGGGGAAAUUGAUUAUAUUUUGAAUGAUGAGUAGCCAAAGUUUAGGAUUUACUUUAAGGUUCAGUAGCAAGCAGAUGUCGUUGCUUUUGAGGUCAGCAAUAUAAAGUCUACUGUAGUACCUAAUCCCAUGCAUUAUUUCGCAGAUAAAAUGAGUGAAUUUGUGAGAAGAAAAAAUAGGGAGAUUGAUGAUUUGAAAAAGGAAAGAGAUACUGAAAGGUAAACAAAACUAGAUUGUAUGAAAGAAAUAAAUAAACUUAUUAAAUAAUCUGAGGAAAAAGAAUAAGUAGUCAUGCAAAAAUUUUGUCUCAUCCUAAAUGAAAAGAAAUUAAAAAUAGCAGAGCUUAAAGAAUUAUUAAAAGCAAUUUAAGAGGAUGAAAUAAAUUAGAAAAAUCGACUUUAAAAUAAGGAGCCACCUUAAAUAGAAAUGAGAGACAUUUAUGAUAAUGAUGAAUACGUUGAUUAAUUGAAAAAUGGAUUAAAUUAUAAUAAUUAGAAUAAGCCUAGUCCUAAUGGUAGAUAGGGGUAUUAAAAAUCAUAAUACUAGGAAAGAUCAAAAGAAUAGAUAAACUAGGAUGUCAGAUAAAAUACUCUCUAAUAUUUGUAAUCAUAGAGCUAAAUGACUCAGAGCUAGAGAUAAUAAUAGAUUAAUAGUCUUAUGGGUACAACUCUAUAACUUGAUACUUAGCAUUUAAGAGCUCUUGGUCAUAGCAGUGAAUCUAUAGAAUCAGAUUUUGAUAAGCCAGAUUCUAGGCUAAAAUCAUAGUAGUAAAAAAAUAAAGAUAGAGAAUUACUAGAGAAGUAGAACUCAUUGACUGAUUUAUUUUUCAAUUGA